AUGCGGCGCAUGCAAAAGGCUGCUGAUUUCGGCGUGACUGUUCGCGAACUCGAGGAUUACCGAGCCAACGUCGCUCAAGGAAAGGCUGUGGCAAAACCUAUAUCUGCCGAGGCCCUCGCCUUCUUCGAGGGAUACGAUCUUUCCGACGUAGACGAUGACGUGCUCGCUUCGUUCGUCAAUGCUCCUCCCUCACGACCCCGAAAGCGAGCGCAGCGUCGUCCCCGCGCAAAGCGCCGCUCAAGUUUUUUCGAAGAUCAGGUUGUCUAUGACACCCUUCAGCAAGUUUUACAGGAAGCAACCUUGGCUUCAAUCGAGAGCGUGCGCCGUGAGGAGGAAGCGCAUCGUCGCAGAGCUAAAAGGAGGCAUCGCCAUCAAGCAUUUUUGAAGCGUUAUGCAAAAGAGAUGUCUCGCAGCGCCAAGGACUUACAGGCAGCAGUCGAGGAUAACAUGCGCAACUUACUCGCUGCCAUGAAAGAGAUGCAACAGAGCAUACCAGAACGCCAUGUUCAGAGCUGCCGCAUCGACCUGCACUGCCGCGACCUCGUUCCCGGCGGUGCACUGAGCCCAGCUCUGCCCGACCUGGGCAUUGACGUGACUGUGCGCACAGCCCAACCCCCGACCACCUCGCAAGCCUGCAUCAAGGUGGGCGCUGCCCUUCGCCGAGCCGAAAAGGAGAAGCGCGACUACUACACCGGUUUCAACCAUGGAAAAACUCUGAUCGUCCCUGCGGCGAUGACGACAACCGGUGGGUUCGCCUCCUCCUUUGUGGAUCUGCUUGGUCAGCUCGCCCGCUGCGCCGAGGCCCGUGGUGUGUACCAGCCGGGGCUGGAUGAGGCCUUUGUUCCUCGGUGGAAAGGUCGCUUUGCGGCGCUGGUCCAUCAGAUGAACGCUGACCACAUCCAGCGCCACUUUGGCGGUGUCUGCCUGUGGGGAUCCCUGUGUGCACCUGUCGCUCCCUAG